AUGUCAUUACAAGAAAAAGAGGUUUCGGGGGCCCGAGAUUCCACAUAUCCCAGGUUACCAGAUUACAAGUUCAAUAUCAGCACAGUGGAGUUGGUAUCAACGGUGAGGAAUAUCAAAGAAGUACAAUUCCCGAAACCAAUCAGAUCUGAUCCCAGCCAGAGGGAUUCUAACUUAUGGUGCGAAUAUCAUGGGACUCAUGACCAUAGAACUGGGGACUGCCGGUAUCUACGUGAAGAGGUGGCGACGUUGUUGAAUAAUGACCAUCUCAGGGAGUUCUUGAGCAACCGAGCCAAGAACAAUUACCACCGUAGUCGGGACAAUGCGGAGCCUUCGAAGAUAGCAGAAGACUCCCCUCGGUUGGCUAUUAACAUGAUUUUUGGAGGGAAUGAAAUUAAUGGCAUAACCUUCUCGGCGGCAAAGAAAACAAAGAUAUCAGUGACCCACAACAAGAGACUCUGGGAAGUCAUAGAAGAUGACAUCACCAUCACGGAGGGAGACACCGAUGGACUCCUUCUGCCACAUAAUGACACCCUGGUAAUUUCUCUCAAUGUCUUAGAUUUCAAGAUUAAACGUGUUUUGGUUGACCUAGGAAGCUCAACCAACAUCAUUCAAUGGAGAAUGCUGGAACAAGCAAAGUUAACUGGAAGUAUCAUUUUGGCAACAAAGCUCCUCGCUGGGUUCAACUUGGCAAAUAUGGCAACCCGAGGUGAGAUCCUGUUGCCCACGAAUACGGAAGGGGUAACCAAUACCACCUUAUUUGAAGUGGUAGACGGCGACAUGGGUCAUAACAUAAUCCUCGGAAGGCCGUGGAUACAUGAGAUGAAGGAUGUGCCCUCAAUAUAUCAUCAACUAUUGAAAUUCCCAACCCCGGAAGGAAUCAAGUAG